AUUGGCUGCGACACGACGAGUCGACCUGGCUGGACUGGAGCCCGCGAUGCUGAUGAGCCAGUCUGCCUACGACCGCACCGCGACGACACCUAUUCCAUCAGCACACGCACCACCCAACGACGUUUCCAUCGAAACCGUUGCACCCAGCGCAUCCAGACUCACUGCGCCACUCGCAAGCACUUUUAGCCCACGAUCAAGCAAGCGCUUCCCCUUCUGUCCGCCCUCUGCCCGAAUCCACCCUAGCUGUCGAAGUCGCUGCGGCUUCGCGCACCCGAGCCCACCCUGGAAGCGAAGGAGGAGGAAGAGGACAUGGGCGUCAUCCGCAAGAAGGCGGCCACAAGAGGUGGCGAGGGCGGCGUCAAAUAUGUCUGCGACGUCUGUUCCGCCGACAUCACUUCCACAGUCCGCAUACGAUGUGCGCAUCCAUCCUGCAACGAGUACGACCUGUGUGUUCUCUGCUUCUCGCAGGGUUCGUCCAGCGGGUCGCAUCAGCCAGCAACACACCCCUACAAAGUGAUUGAGCAGAACUCUUUCCCGAUUUUUGACCGCGACUGGGGUGCCGACGAAGAGCUGUUGUUGCUCGAAGGCUGCGAGAUCUACGGGCUUGGAUCAUGGGCCGACAUAGCAGACCACAUUGGUGGAUACCGCAACAAAGAUGAGGUGCGCGACCACUACCUCAGCGCAUAUGUUGAGUCGCCAUGUUUUCCGCUGCCGAAGCGAUGCCGUCCGACCGACAUGGAACUUGCGCAAGAGAUCUCCCGUGAAGAAUUCCAGGCCCGCAAGAAGAGGCGUAUUGAAGAACGCCGGGACGCGCAAAAGAAUGCCGCUCCUUUGCCGCCAAAGACCAAGCCGACUGCCAGUGUCCCCUCGUGUCACGAAAUCCAGGGCUACAUGCCUGGGCGUCUGGAAUUUGAGACAGAAUACGCAAACGAGGCCGAAGAGGCAGUCCAGCUCAUGCAGUUCGACCCCGGCGAUGGCAUCAAUCCACGGACGGGCGAGCUGGAGCCUGAGAUGGAGCUCAAGCUCACCGUCAUGGACAUCUACAAUCAGCGCCUGACACAAAGAGUGGAGAGGAAGAAGGUCAUCUUUGAGCACAACCUGUUGGAGUACCGGGAGAACAUGAAGCUCGAGAAGAAGCGUACGAAAGAAGAGAAGGACCUGGUGAAUAGGGCCAAGCCCUUUGGACGCAUGAUGAACCACGACGAUUUCGAGGCGUUCUGCCAGGGGAUCGUGGACGAGUUGAAUCUGCGGCAAGCCAUAACACAACUCCAAGAGUGGAGAAGCCUGCGGAUUGGGGACUUGAAGAGUGGCGAAAAGUAUGAGCAGGACAAGGUGCAGCGUAUACAGAAGAGUGUGCCGAUCGGAUCAAUGGACCGGGAGCGCCUGGCAUCUGCGCAGAGAAGCAAGCAAGCAGUGCAGCCUGAGCCACCCAGCGGCGCAGCUACACUCGUUGCGCCGGAGCUGCCUUUCCGUCCUGCCUUGGGAGUUACCACCGCGCAAGGACUGGCCGACUUGGCCAAGGGCGAUCUCAAGCCGCUCACGAAUGGGCAUACAAAUGGUGUCACGAAUGGCACGGCGAAUGGCUCUCGGACCAAAUUUGUCUCCCUGCCGAUAUCGGGCAUGCAGCCGCUGCAUUUGACGCCAGACACAGCGCCAGACAUGCACCUCCUGACGCCCGAGGAAGUUGAGCUGUGCAAGGUAUCGCGCCUGCAACCCAAGCCAUAUCUAAUGAUCAAGGAGCAGGUGCUCAAAGAAGCACUCAAGGGCAACGGAACGCUGAAGAAGAAACAGGUCAAGGAAAUCUGCAAGCUGGAUUCCCAGAAGGGAAGCAGGAUCUUUGACUUCUUUGUCAAUGCAGGCUGGAUCGGGAAGGUCUAAAGACCUUGCAGUCGAGUGUUCCAAGCCUUGUAUAGCGACAGCCUUGAUGUCUCACUUGCACGAAGUAGCUAGUUAUCUGCAUACGCAGCUCAAUACAUCGUAGCACCACGAGACUUGUUCUUGACGUUGUGUCCUGUUGUGGUGAAAUGCGGCAAAUGUACCUAGGUAGUCAUUUGGCAGCCCGUUGGCUUUCCCGAACCAGGGAGCGCCCCUUCUCAUAUUGAUCUCCAUUUGCUUCGGUGA